AUGAAGGUCACUAUCGUCCUCGCUGCCCUCACAGCUCUGGUUGCUGCUGCUCCCGCUGUUGAGUCCACCGACAGCACCGCCUGCUUCGUCCGCCGCGUCGACGGUCUCUUUGAGCGUCACGCCGACUGCCACUAUAAAAGAGCCACCGAUGCCUGUCUCUUGAAGAGAGAUGAUGGCCUCUACGAGCGUGGCCACGGCUGCGGCUACUACGAGUAA